AUGAGGGGACAGAAAGACUAUGCCCGCCGCCUAGGGCAAGUGAUGCUGUCAGGACAGUCACCUAUGGACCCAUUCCCUCGGAUAGAGAUAUGUGAGUCGGAUGGUGGACGAGUAGCCACUCCGCAUGAUGAUCCUCUGGUGGUCGAGAUCAAAAUCUCCAAUAUGAGAGUGAAGCGUAUCCUGAUAGACACUGGGAGCUCGUCCGACAUAAUGAGCAUGGAGUGCCUCAGCUGCGUCAUCAACUUGCCGGAUCGGAUCGGGGAUCGAAAAGAUGGACGGAAGAUGGGAGUGAACUUCUUAAUCGUCAAGGACUUGACAGCAUACAAUUUCAUCUUGAGACGUCCCACCCUGAACAAGAUUAAAGCGGUAGUCGUCACCCAUCUCAUGCUCCUGAAGUUUGUAUAUGAUGAUGGGGCGAUAGGGACUAUACAUGGAGACCAACAUCAGGCAAGAGACUGCUACCUCACAACCCUCAACCCGUCAGCAUGGAAGAAAGAUUUGGCCGAAGCAAAAAGCAAGAGAAAGCAUGAGGAGGAACUACCUGCCGCCAAUGAGAGUAUACCAGCCAAGAUAGAAAAAAGUGGCUAA